CGGCACCGACCCAGCCAUGGAAGCCUCCUCCGUAGAGGGUGGCGAGCAGGACCGGAGCCCCGGGGCGGGGGGCGGCGGCGGCGGCGGCAGCGGUCCCGUGCUUUCGGAGCUGCAGCGAGAGAAGCGGCUGGUGUGCGUGGAGUUCCCCGGCGUGGUGCAGGACGUGGGCAAGACCCUGAUGACUCUGGGGGGAGAAGAGGGGGUCUCCCGGAUUUAUGCCGAUCCCAGCAAAAGACUUGAACUGUAUUUCCGUCCCAAAGAUCCUUACUGCCACCCAGUGUGUGCCAAUCGUUUCCCUACCUCUUCAAUGCUGUUCAAAGUGAAAAAGAAAACAAGGAGGAAACGGACAGAGGAAGGAAGUCUGGAAGAAGAAAUAAAGUUUGAAGUGGAGAUACUUGGUGUCAUUUCCACCGUUUAUAAAUUUCAAGGUAUGUCUGAUUUCCAAUACUUGGCGAUGCAUUCAGAGCCAGACGGUAAACAAACAUCAAUGUAUAACAAAGUCUUGAUGCUCAAGCCAGAAAAAGAAGAUUUUUUUAUGAGCGAGUUGCCACUUUAUAUUCCUCCACCCAUUUUCUCACGCCUGGACACUCCUAUCGAUUAUUACUAUCGGCCAGAUACACAUCACAGGGAAGGCUAUCGCAACCCUCCCCUGUCGAGCGAGAAUCUGAUCGGCCUGAGCAGGGCGCGGCGUCCUCACAACGCUAUCUUUGUCAACUUUGAGGAUGAAGAGGUCCCCUCGAAGCCGUUGGAGGCGGCCGUGCAGACGUGGAAAAAAGUCUGCAGCAACAUCGUGGAUCACCAAGCGGAAGAAGAGCUGAAGAAACUUUUCGAACUUCGUCCCGUGUGGUCCCGCAAUGCAGUGAAAGCCAACAUCAGUGUCCACCCUGACAAACUGAAACUGUUACUACCUUAUUUGGCUUAUUACAUGCUCACGGGACCCUGGAGAAGCCUGUGGGUUCGUUUCGGUUACGAUCCUAGGAGGCACCCCGAAGCAAAGAUCUACCAGGUUCUGGAUUUCAGGAUUCGCUGCGGCAUGAAAUACGGGUACACCCCGAACGACAUGCCAGUGAAAGCCAAACGCAGCACCUACAACUACAGCCUGCCGAUCACUUUAAAAAAACCAGGAAAUCACGGCCUCGGCAUCCAAGACUUAAAACAGGGGCUCAGCACAUCUGGAACAUCAGGUGCAAAAUCACCAUUUAUGAGCAAAUACAAACUUAAGGAUUCCAUAUAUACCUUUGAGGAAGGGUCUCUGCCCCCUUAUCGACAGAUGUUCUACCAGCUGUGUGAUUUGAAAGUGGAAAGCUUGCAGAAGAUCAUCCAUCGAAAUGACAACAUGGAGGCGGCUUGUACGGAGCGGGACGGCUGGUGUCUUCCGAAGACCAACGAUGAGUUGAGGGACACCAUGUCGCUGAUGAUAAGGCAGAUAAUCCGAUCCCAAAGGCCAGCUCUGUUCAGAAACCCGUCCAGUGCCACAGAGGGCAAAGAGCAGCUGACUUUUGAAUCUGGAGAAGAGGAAGAGGAGGAGGAAGAGGAAGAGGUUUUCAAACCUUCGGACGGGAGUGAAAAUGAAAUGGAGACCGAAAUUCUUGACUACGUCUAACAUGAUGGGGCUGGUGGGCUGGACUGGUUCUUGGGGGGGGGAGGAAUUUGUUUUGCUCUUUUUUGGGGAGGGGGCAGGGGGGAAGGACAGAAGAAAGGAAGAAACCCAUCAAUCCAACCAAUGAGUCAAUGAACCCAUCAACUCAACCAACGCGCCAACCCAAUCAACUCACCAACACAACACGUUGCAUUUCCUAAAUAAUCUCUCUUUCCUAAAUAUCUUUCCUAAAGAGCUCAGCGAUAGUUGGGUUUUUUGUCGCUUCCUCGAUGCAGCCGUCCUUCCAUCAUUGGAUUCAAAUGUAGAUACGAGACUCUAAUUUUGGGGGAAUUUCUUUGGCAUUUUAGCAUUUUUUUGCAAUCGAGGGCCAAAGCCCAUCUACGUCCGUCAACUUCGUCUCCUGGAGUCUUCUUCUGGAUCGGCCACACUCUUGAAAUUCCAACCAAGGCCAUAUGGUUAUCUCAGGCCUUCAACAACAGCAGGCAAAAUUAUAAUUUCAUUCCUACGAGGACUGAAGUUGUUCCUGUCCUUCUCAAAUAAAAUAGUCACUUGGAAUUUCUUUUGUGACUCCUUGAGAAAAAGAAAUCUGUGAUUCAAUCGUUUGGAGUUUUGUGGGACAUCAAAUGGGCAGUGUAAGAAAUGUUCACUCCUUUGUAUAGCGAUAAAGAGAUUUCUUUUUCAGCUCGAGCGCAAAUAAAAGAGAUUGGUGCCUUCAAAA